GUUCGAACUGUACAUAGUCUUUUCUCGAACGUUGUUUGCUUGCGGUUAAUUUCUGACAGAUCAUCUUGUACCUUUGUUUUGGUAGGAAUAAAUAACGAACGAUAUAACAAGAAACCAUGGCAAAUUUUAAGACAUUAUUAGUGUUAUCUAUCUUGUUUUAUCUAGAAGUAACAGAAGGCACUAACGGCAUACGACCAGAACCAUUUCACGUAACAACACACCAACCUACUUCUCCAACAGCAAAUUCUAGUUCAAUUUCACCUAAAACCACCUCCACGACAACUACCUCUACUACCCUCAAACCUGAUACAACUACUGUUAAUCCGAAUAUAACUACCAGUUCUACAACAAAAACAACAACAACUACUACUACUACUACUCCAAAACCUACUACCACUACCGUUACUACUCCUAAGACAACUACCACUUCCACUCCGAAGCCUACUACAACUCCUACAGCAAAAACUACCACUCCUAUUACACCUACACCAAAACCAGUUCCUGAACCAUCAAUAGGCAAAUGGUCCCUCAACUAUACCAACUCAAAUGACAGUUGUUUAUUGAUGGACGCAGCCUUGCAGAUUGAAAUCCCCAACGGUAAUCUUUCCUCCCUGAAGAUCAAUAUUCCUGUGAAUGCAACAGUUGUGGGCAAUUGUGGCAAAGAUUUGGAUGUUCUGAUACUAUCUUGGGAGACAAACAUCAUCAACAUGAAUUUUGUACAAAACACAACUGACAAAAAGUUUGCAUUGGGAUCAAUUAUGGGUUUGGUAAAUGUUGCCCUCUCUAAUGGUACCUCACAGUUAUUGAAUGUAACUCAUAAAAAGUCAGAGUUCUCUACUAUGUUGGAUCAUUCUUACAAAUGUGCUAAGGUCCAAACUUUGAAUUUGACCGCUCUAGGCAGUAAUGAUACUAUUGCUUUAUUGCAUAUUAGUCAUGUGCAAUUCCAAGCCUUUUCUAAUGUGACACAACAUAAGUUUUAUGAUGCUAUCGAUUGUGAAGCUUCCGCUAUAACUUCAGAUGUCGUCCCAAUCGUAGUUGGUUGCGUAUUAGCCCUCCUGGUGGUUGUGGUACUGGUCGCCUAUCUUGUAGGAAGACGCUAUUGCCAGGCCAGAGGAUAUCAUUCAAUGUGAGUUGCAAAAACACUCCAAAGCUCGUAGAUAGGGAGCGUCUUACAUAACAUCUCGAGCUUAACUAUCUAAAUUAAUAACGAGAACAUACUUUAUUUGAUCUGUAUUUUAUUAUUUAAAGUUGCUGUUAUCUGUCAAAUGUCACUGUGAUCGGUUUUUCCUAUGGUAUGAACUUUUUAGUCUCGAUUAUUUUCGAUAUUUUUUUAAAAAGGAAGAUCUGAAACAAAAUUUUAUGUUAAAUAGUAUUUAAAAUUUAGUUCGUACUGUGAUAAAUUGAGGAUGUGCUAAUCUAUAGUGGUAUAUGACAAAUUGACAUCUUAUAUUUUGAAGGAGUUGCCUAAUUCUGUGAAUGAAGUAUGAUCUCUUAUGAGUUUCAUUCCUUUAAGCCUUGUAGAACUUUAAUUUUUAAAAUAGCGAACUUAUAAAAAUAUGCUUUUAUCAUUUGACUGCGUAUCGAGACGUAUUAAAAUCCAUGGGAUUUACCCAGAUUAAAUUUUGAAACAUAUAUAUUAUAAUAAUCCAUAUUAACAAUACUACAGUCAUAAAUUACAUUUAUUUGUGGCAAAUUAAGUUUAAGUUGUGUUUAGUUUAUUUUGUCUUAUCUUAAACAGAGUGAUGAUCUUUUCAUAUAUUACAAAUACUUAUUAACAAUAAAGAUUAUUUGAUUAGCUAAAGUAAAUGUAUUAUCUUUUAUUGCAAUUCGUUUAAAUAAUUUUUCUUUUUUAUUUGUAUUUAAUAUUACACUGAAUUCGUGUAAAAAAAGUAUGGGGGAAUCACUAAAGAUUUUGUAGUUUGUUUCGUUUGAUUGGAAAUUGACAAUAUAAAAGAAAUGAAAUUGUUCUCUGUAUGUUUUGAAGGUUUUUAUUUCAAAUCACUUUAAAGGUAUCCAGUUCACAAAUUAAUUAUAUAAUGCUGCAGUAAUGGGCUUAGUACAUAAGCGUAUGCACCGAUUAAUUAACAGUAAAUUAUGGUCAUUUUAUCUUGAUCAAAUAUGGAUAAUUUUUUUAUUUUACAUUAAUACAAAAAUCAUCUUGCUCUUUUUUCUCAGUUCGCGUUUUGUCAACACUGACGGUAAACACUACUAAUAAAAUUAUUGAAUGUUUCGAUUUCGCCUCUUUAAGGAGAUAGCGAUAUAUGACAUAAUACAUACUCUAUUCAAUUUCCCAAUAAGCAUACUUUACAUAAAAAUUAAAACUGAAUUGCAUUUGAGUGUUUAUGUUAAUUUAUUUUCUAUUUAUGAUACAUAUUAUUAGUUUUUUUUUUCUGUUAUGAGUAUUUUAAUAAUGAAUUUUGAUUGUGACUCUGUUUUAUUUUGUUUUGGUGUUGGUGAAUACGAAUUUGUUUCUUGUUUUUUGAGCUUCUACUUGGUCCAAAGGCGUGAAAGUCGAAUGGGAUUUAUGUUUUUUUUUGUAGGAAUGUAUUACAUUAGUGAUUUGUACAUGUUGCUCAUUUGUUUAGAAUAUUUUCAUUAAAAAAAUAUAUAUACCCUUUUUCUGUUCAUCUUAUUAUUCAUCGUUCAUGUCAAGCAAAUUUUCAAAUAUUAAGGAUAUAUUUUACGUACAGGAAAUAAAAAGUUGCCGAAUUUU